AUGGACAUUCUGGAUGGGAUCGAAGCCAAAGUCACUGCUGCUAUGAAUGUUGAUUUCAGUGAUUUGGACAGAAUCUAUGAGGUGGAGGAGGUAUAUAGUGCUUUGAGACAAAUGUAUCCCAACAAGGCUCCCGGACCAGAUGAGAUGCCACCAAUAUUUUUCCAGAAAUAUUGGCAUAUUAUUGGUGGCAAAAUCACUGCAGCGGUGCUGGAAGUCCUCAAUACAGGUCAUUUCCCUUCUGAUCUUAAUAAAACUUGUCUUGUUUUAAUUCUGAAGACUGACUCCCCUACUUUAGUUUCUGAUUUUAGAUUCAUUAGUUUGUGUAAUGUCAUUUACAAGUUAAUUGCUAAAGUCAUAACUAAUAGAUUGAAAGCCAUAUUGCCCUCCAUUAUUUCUGAUACACAAACUGCUUUUGUACAUGGAAAACUUAUUACUGAUAAUGUAUUAGUAGCUUAUGAGCUAGUACACUACCUUAAACAGAAGAGGAAGGGGAAGAAGGGUUUUAUGUCCCUGAAGUUGGAUAUGUUUAAGGCUUACGAUUGGGUAGAGUGGGAUUUUCUUUUAAGUAUUUUACUAAAAUUGGGAUUUAACAGUGGCUUGGUGAGUCUUAUUAUGAAAUGUGUUACCUCAGUUUCGUUUUCUGUUUUAGUGAAUGGGAACCCUAUUGAACCCAUUUUUCCAACUCGAGGGCUUAGACAAGGGGACCCCUUGUCCCCUUAUCUAUUUCUUAUAUGCACUGAAGCUUUGGUUAGCUUGCUAAAAAAUGCCGAGCUGGAUAGAUCUGUAAAGGGAGUUAAAAUCUGCCAAAUGAUCAACAAACAGAAAACAGCUAUGAUUUUUAGUUCCAAUGUGCCAAGUAGUCUGAGACAAACCAUCAUGGCUAUGUGGGGUGGAACUACAGUACAACAAUAUGGAAAAUAUUUGGGACUACCCCCUAUAGUUGGAAAGGCAAAAACUAUUGCCUUUGGAGAAAUUAAGAGUAGGGUUUGGAGGAGAUUACAGAGUUGGAAAGAGAAACUUUUGUCUCAAGGGGGUCGAGAGAUACUUGUGAAAGCUGUAGCAUGUUCUAUUCCUUCAUUUGCUAUGAGUUGUUUUAAGCUACCAGCAAAAAAGGCCUGGAGGGUGUUAAAACAGGAAGAUUCAUCGGUCCAUAAACUGUUAAAGGCUAAGUAUUUUCCCAAGUCCUCUUUAUUUAAGGCUCAAAAGGGUAAUAAUCCCUCUUUCACAUGGCGAGGCAUUUGGGAAGCUAGGACUUUGUUGAUGAAAGGCUGCCAAUGGAGGAUUGGGAAUGGGGCUACAACUCGCAUAUGGCAUUACACAUGGAUCCCUAGUCACCAAUCCUUAAUUAUGGAGGAAAAUGGAACAGCAGGAAGAGAUCUUUCAACAAGGGUGACUUCUUUAAUUGAUGUUGACAUAGGUUGGUGGAAUGUUUCGAGAUUUAGAGCUCUCUUCAAUCCAAACAUAGCUUCAGAUGUUUUGAAAAUCCUUCUAAGCCCGGUUGAACAUGAAGAUAUGCUGAUGUGGAGGCAUGAGAAAAAGGACAUAAUCUUGAUAAUGCUAAACGUUCAAAUGCCAGAGACAUGCAUAAGAUGUGGAAAUCAAUUUGGCACAUGA